GUUACACUGGGCAACCACUGCUUAAUACUGCAUCAGUGCAGUGUCCAACUGCACACUUCCCCGCUACCGAGGACCAGUGUCGGACCGGCCAGAUUUCUUCAGGAAGAGUGAUAGUGUCAGAAACCAAAAGGCAACAUGCCCAAAGUCGCUGUGCCCGGUGAGUAAACGGAUGAUCAUAUGAUUGCGAUCGCAGAGCGUGUAUUUGCAUCGGAAACCAAAGAUGAAGACGUCCGUGAGGAGAUAUCCCUGUUUGAUGUGGCUGAUGAUUGCCCUAUCCUCAACCAGGAGCUGGCCCUACAUGUAGCCGAGAAUGAUGACAUAGAGAAGCGUAAGAAGUAUCUCAGCCGCAGUCAACCUGUGCUAGAGGAGAAAGCAACUUAUUUGGAAGUGCCUCACUUCCAGAGAGUGUCCAUCACUGGUGACUAUGCUGCUGGGGUGACCAUGGAUGACUUCGAGCUGGCCUGUAAGGGUCUGUACCGUGCCCUGACCAUCAGAGAGAAGUACAUGAAGCUGGCUUUCCAGAGAUUCCCCAACACUCCUUCUGAGUUCUUACGCAAAAUUGAAGGAGAGCAGUGGAAACCAGAAGAUCAGGUGGUUCCAGUCUUUACCUCUCCUCCUAAAGCUGGUGAGGAUCCUUUCUGCACAAAGGACUUCCCACCUGACCUUGGCUACGUUGCUCGCAUGAAGGAUGGUGUUAUCUAUGUCUACAAAGAUGCAGCAUCUGCUGAUAAAAACCAGCCUCUGAACCAUCCCGGUCCAGACCUUGCCACUUUCAUCGACGACAUGAACUUCCUCAUUGCCUUGAUUGCUCAGGGCCCAACAAAGUCAUACACUCAUCGUCGUCUGAAGUUCCUCAUGUCAAAAUUCAAUGUACAUGAGAUGUUAAACGAGAUGGAGGAAAUGAAAGAGCUGAAGAAAAAUCCCCACAGAGACUUUUACAACUGUAGAAAGGUUGAUACUCACAUCCAUGCUGCUGCCUGCAUGAACCAGAAGCACCUCCUCCGCUUCAUCAAGAAGACCUACCGUGUGGAUUCAGAUCGGGUGGUGCAUGUUUUGAAGGGCAAGGAAGUUACCAUGAAGGAGCUUUUUGAAUCUCUUCAUCUGCACCCCUAUGACCUGACUGUAGAUUCCCUGGAUGUGCAUGCUGGCAGACAAACCUUCCAGCGUUUUGAUAAAUUCAAUGCCAAGUACAACCCUGUGGGUGCCAGUGAGCUGCGUGAUCUUUAUCUGAAGACUGAGAACCACAUAUCUGGAGAGUAUUUUGCCACCAUUAUCAAGGAAGUUGCUAGUGACCUGGAGGAUGCCAGAUACCAGUACGCAGAGCCUCGUCUGUCCAUCUAUGGCUGUAACCCUAAUGAGUGGACUAAGCUUUCCAGCUGGUUCAACAAGCACAGAGUCUUUUCUCCUCAGCUCAAGUGGAUGAUUCAAGUGCCCAGAAUCUACGACAUUUUUAGAGCCAGGAACUUUGUGCCACACUUUGGGAAGAUGCUGGAAAACAUCUUCCUUCCUGUUUUCCAGGCCACCAUUGACCCAAACUCCAACCCAGAGCUUAGUGUCUUCUUGAAGCAUGUGACAGGUUUUGACAGUGUGGAUGAUGAAUCUAAACACAGCGGUCACAUGUUCUCCAAAAAGAGCCCCAAGCCGGAGGAGUGGGACAUUGAGAAGAGCCCCUCAUACACUUACUGGAUUUACUACAUGUAUGCAAACAUUGCCCGACUCAACCAGCUGCGCAAGGAAAGAGGUAUGAACACAUUCCAGUUCAGACCUCACUGUGGAGAGGCUGGAGCUGUCACUCACCUGUUGGCCUGCUUUAUGACUGCAGACAACAUCUCUCACGGCCUUAACCUCAAGAAGAGCCCUGUCCUGCAGUACCUGUAUUACCUGGCCCAGGUUCCCAUUGCCAUGUCCCCACUCAGCAACAACAGUCUGUUCCUAGAAUACAACAAGAGCCCUCUGCUGGAGUUCCACAAGAAGGGACUGAUGGUCUCCCUGUCCACCGAUGACCCCAUGCAGUUCCACUACACCAAGGAGCCCCUGAUGGAAGAGUAUGCCAUUGCAGCCCAGGUGUUCAAGCUCAGCACCUGUGACAUGUGCGAGAUUGCCAGGAACAGUGUCCUCCAGAGCGGCCUAUCUGCUGAGGAAAAGAUUCACUUCCUUGGUGCCAACUACUUGAAGGACGGUCCAGCGGGCAACGACAUCCGCAAAACCAACGUGGCUCAGAUUCGCAUGGCCUUCCGCUACGAGACUCAGUGCUAUGAGCUGAACCUCAUUAGAGAGGGCGUGAUGGGUGACUAAACAAACAUGCACACAUGCAAAGUGUUUGUUUUGCACUGUCCUUAAAUUGUCAGUGACAACAACAUUUCUGCUAUCAUUAUUGUGAAGCCCAUGAGAUAACAUCCAUGAGACUUAUAUCUUAAUGUGAAAUGACACUCCAGAACAGAGUCUUCUUGUACACAGGUGUCUGUCGGCUUGAGCAGUUUAUCUUAAGUCUGACCUUUAGGUCUUACUGCAGUUUGCAGUUUACUAAGUUUACAUCCCCUUUGUGCCUUAUUGUAUUAUGUUUUUUAGUGUUCAUGCUUUGGAAAAAAGCCUGUUACAGUUGACUCAAUAAACAAAAUCUAUAUUUAAAUAUA